AUGGAACAACCAACGCCCAAUGGCAAAUUAAGUGUAACAGCAGUGCGACGGGUUGGUGGGAUAGGGUUUGCGGAUGGCGGAGUGGGGCGCCGAGCCGUAGAAGAAGAUAUCGCCGCGUUAUCAGCGCGUUAUCGGCGUGACGUCCGGGAAGACGGGAAUUUUUCGCGAACGGGACCGCGAAAAUUGCCAAUUCCACAGGCCACGGGCCGGGUGUCGGGGACAGACGGACUCGAGCUCGACACACGAAUUUCCCGGGAACCCGAGGCCGGCGGACCAUCGGGCCGUUUUCUCUUCCACGGCCCGUCGCUGGUGCUUUGUUUUGUUCACCAGACGUGUUAUUGA